AUGCCGGCCACUCGUCCAGCCCCGCCGCGUACUCCCGGGCCCUCGGAUGCUCCCGGAACCCCGCGGGCGGGGCCUGCCUUCCGGAGCCGGGUUGGCUGGGGGCGGGCGGGCGGCGCUGGGGAAAGGGCCGUUACUUUCCCAGAGCGGCGGGGCGACGUCAGGCGGAAGGGCGCGGGGCGCGCACGCUUUAAAUGGCAUUCGCUGUCAUCCGAGCUCGCGGCCGUGUGGGCAGGAGCGGGCUAUAUAAGCGGCGGGCCGGGCCGCCGCGGGGCAGACGGUGACAGCCGCGGAGGCGAACGCCCGGGAGCGCAGCCCAGCAGCGCGCGCCGAGCCCCGCGCCCCCCGACGGGCUCUCCCGCCCGCCCUCCCGAGAAAACGCCGACCCGGGCCCGCGAGGGCCGCCGCCACCCCGCAGCAGAUUUGGAUCCCCCGCCCGGCGAGCCCCAGGCUGCUGCCUCCCGGGGGGCCCCGGCGCAGCGGCCGCCCCCCGAGAGCCCCGGCGCCCCGGCGCCCGGCCCCGAAGACGCAGGCAGCGCCAUGGCGGCCGCCAAACCCGGCGAGCUGAUGGGCAUCUGCUCCAGCUACCAGGCGGUGAUGCCGCACUUCGUGUGCCUGGCCGACGAGUUCCCGCAGCCCGUGCGGCCCGCCAAGCUGUCCAAGGGCAAGGGCCGGCUGCGGCGGCCGCGCCAGUCCCGCUUCAAGACGCAGCCGGUGACCUUCGACGAGAUCCAGGAGGUGGAGGAGGAAGGGGUGUCCCCCAUGGAGGAGGAGAAGGCCAAGAAGUCGUUCCUGCAGAGCCUGGAGUGCCUGCGCCGCAGCACGCAGAGCCUGUCGCUGCAGAGGGAGCAGCUCAGCAGCUGCAAACUGAGGAACAGCCUGGACUCGAGCGACUCCGACUCGGCCCUGUGAGGGGCGCUGCCCGGGGACCCGCGAACCCGGCCCCAGAGGGCCCGCGCCCCGCGCCCCGGGGGCCCGCGAGGACCGGGACCUCUCGCAGGGCUGCGAACUGCUCCGUGCGCCCCGCGCUGCGCUGCUCCCGGGCCGGAGCGCCCGGGGCUGCCGGGGAGGGGGGCCGCUUUCUUUGCCCUUGUAAAUGUUUAUUUUUUAACUCUUCCCAGUACGGACUCUGCCGUGAGUGUGUGCGGGAGGCGCGCCCGCGCUGAGUGGGCGCUGGGUCACCGGGGCUUCCCCGAGAGCCGCUCCACGCCCUUGUCUGAGGGUCUGCAACUCCGAUUCCGCUCACCGCUCCGCCGUGCCCCCCUCCCCAGCGCUCACCCGAUCACACUCACGCCAACACACUCUCGCUGAACACUUUUAUAAUUGUUAGGCGCGGCUGAUGGGACUUGGGGCGCAGCUGUUGCUGCGGCCGGAGGACUGAUAUUUAUUUUUGCAUUGCGAUGGCUGACGGCGUUUAUUUAACGAUCUUUUUACUUGGAUAUGUCUGUGAGGCUCCCGAACGGAGACAAAUAAAGUCAAUAUAUUUGCACAGUGCA